AUGAGUGAUAAUGAAUCUGUGAAACACAGCACUGUUAAUGAGAAAGAUGAAGCUUCAGUGACAAAAUCGAAUCUUAACGCCUCCACGAUCGCCAGUCAAGAAGGAAGCAUCAAUAACAAUGAACCUACAAAACCUGUCAACAAUGAUGAAAUAAUACCAAAUAUCCCUAAAAACCUUCCCCAGAUACCCCCAAGCAAGAAGAAAGAACUAUCGAGGCCCUUGUUCUCUAGAUCAAGUACCAAUGAGAAAGUUUCAAAGAAUCCAAAUACCACCAAAAACAUGAUUGUGGAGACAGAAACAGUUGAUGCAUCAAAAGUUCCAUCUGUGACUUUACCUAUUGCUUCAUCAUCAAAUGUUAUUAGUAAUGAGUUAAUGUCAAAUAACUCAAGCAUAGCUAACAAUCUUUCGUCUUUGAGAAGUAAGAAAAGUACAUUGUUUGUUGACCAGAAUAAUCAAAAUAAUCAGAUUGCAAAUAAUAAUGUUCAGGCAUUAUCAACAGAUGACAAUGACACCAUCAGUAUAAAUGGAUCAAUAAGAAACAAAAGACCAAAUGCCACCGAAAGUCACUUGAAUUUAUCCAAACCAGGUGCUACUAAAGCUGAUUUGUUUGCUGCAAGAAUCGCAAAUGCAGUAGGUGAUGCUUCUGAUUCUGAUUCGGAAGAGACAUUUGUUUAUGAAAGUGCACCUGAUGCCUUGAAUACAGCCAACACAUUACCACUAAACAAGAAUUCAAGUAUAUCUGCUGUAAAUGGCUCAGGAAAUCCAAUGGCUUUAAGAAAACUUUCCCAAAGAAACAUUAGUAUGCCUGUGACUUCUUCAUCUUCUCAACCAUACUCACCAACUACGGCUUCUCAUAUUGUGUUAACUAAUGAUGAAUCUAAAGAUCAAAACAAUGGUCAAAAUAAUGGAAGAACUUUUGAGACAGAGGAAGAGUCUGACCUUAAUAAUAGUAAUAACACAACUAUAACAAACAUCCAGACACUUCAAAAAGAUCAAUAUCAACACAAUUCAUCUGAUAAUGUAUCAGAUUUACAAGGUGACAAGUCGAGCGCUAUUGAAGGUUCGUUGAAAGCAGACACUAAUACUCAGUCGAGUUUCACUGAAAGUGGGAAUCUGAUCAACAACAAUAAUAACAAUAAGACAAAGAUCUUUACCAAGUAUAAUGGGAAUAACUCAAGAAAACCAAGCAAUACAAGUCUUCUGAGAGCUGGGAAUGGUGAUAGACAGAACCAAUUAAGAACAACAACCUCAAAACUAUUUGAAGUCAAGGGGAGUUCCCUUAGAAGAUAUUCAGGUGUACCGGAUGAUGUUAAUAUUGAAGACUACAUUGAUCAAUAUGACGAAGAGCAGGAGAUUGAUGGUGGUGAUUAUGCUGAUACCUACGAAUAUGAUGAUUAUGAAGAUGAAGAUGAAUUAACCCCACUAAAUGUCAACGCUGCUAAUGGAAAUCUUCGCUUAAACAAUUCAAGGAACUACCAUACAAAGAAAAGAUUUCCAAAUUUUAGAUCUACUGAUAGUGGUGACUAUACACAAAAUUUUGGAGAUUUGAAGGAUAAAAAUUCACUGAGACAUUCAAAUUCAAGAAUACUGAAAAAUAAUAAAAAGAACAAAAACAGAUCUCAGUAUAAUCAAAGACAAUAUUCUCCACAUAAUUUUUACAACUCAAAAAAAAAUUCAAAGCUUCAACUGUUCAAAAAUUUUCUCUACUUUUUUGUUCUCGUUCUUCUUUUGUUAGUGUUUGGUUUCAUUGCAGGUUUCUUACUAGCCACAACAAAAGACCUUCAAGAUGUUAAUAUCUUAUCAAUUGAUGAUAUACUUGUUUCUUAUGAUGAAUUGGUGUUUGACUUGAGUGUUAGAGCCUUCAACCCCGGUUUUGUUACUGUUGAAGUUAGUGAUGUUGAACUUGAUAUAUUUGCAAAAUCUUCACAUCUUGGAAAUGAAUAUUUUGCUCCAGAUUACUUAGACGACUCCAAAACUCUUCAAACAAUAUUGUUAGGAAGCGUCACAAAAUUUGAAACCCCAUUAGAAUUCAGUGGUGGAUUUUUCAAUAGAAACCAUUCUUUAUCAAAAGGUGAAAUAAAGUUACUUCAGCCUGGUAAAAAUUCCACUGAUAAUGGAGAUGAACAUUCUGCUCCUAAUCACAAGACUGAAAAUGAUUCUGAUAAAUGGAAAACUAUAAUUAAUUAUCCAUUUGAUUUAAUUGUUAGAGGAAGCUUCAAGUAUAGCCUUCCUUUCUUUCAUACUGAUAGGUCAGUAGCAGUGACAAAAACUGUUUCAAUUGAUCCUGCUGAAGAUAAAAAAUACAAAACCGGGUUUGGUGUUUGA